AUGAAACGAUUAUUCGAUGGAGCUGAGUGUGUAAUUAAACGUUGUCGUCGUGUUUCUUCUUUAUCAACAUCAGCUGAAAACAAUGAACCUGAAGAAGAAACCAUUAAUAACGAACAGAUUAUUUCAUUAGACAGUGAGAAUAAUCAUAAUGAUGAUGAUGAUAUUAUUGAAAUAAUAUAUGAAAAUAAACAUAGUACAUGUGAACAAACUGAUACUAGAAUUAUAAUGCUUUCUGAUUCUGAUUCAGAUGAUGAUCAAAUUAUUGAUAUAACUGAUAAUAAUAUUCUAUCAAUAACACCAAUAAUCAAUAUAUUAUUGUCAUCACCUCUUAAUGAUUUAGUCGACAUUAUUGAAGAUAAUGAAAUAAAUAUUGAAAAUGUAUAUGAAGUAAUUGAUUUAACAGAUGAUGAAUCAAAUUCUACUGAUUGUUUAUCGAAUAAACUUGAACAUCAAUCAUCAAUUGAUAGUGAUCAAUGUCCAAUAUGUUUAGAAACUCUUACUGAUUUACAAUAUACAGGUGUUGAUUUAAUAAUUACACAAUGUAAUCAUAUUAUGUGUACAUUAUGUAGUCGUCAAUUAUUAGCUACAUCAUCUCAAUGUCCAUUAUGUCGAAAUCAGAUCACAUUAUAUAAUGAUGGUAAAGACGAGAAAAGUGCAACAAAACAUAAAGAGGAAAGUGAUGAUCAAGUAGCUGUAAUAAGGAAUCCAACAUUUUAUGUUAUGUCAAAAGUUAAAUUUGAUUUAGCAUCAGUUAUUACUGUUCAGCUAGCAGAUACAAGUAGUUUUUUCGAUAUCAAAACAAGAGAAGUUUUAUACAAUCCAAAGUUUGAAGACAUGUAUGCACCAGUAUUUAGUCCAACAAAUCCAAAUUUGACACAGCAACAACGUAGUUUUAAGAAAGUACUAAAUGGCUACGCCGAAUCGAUCACAUUAAGUGAUUUUCAAUUUGAAAAUCAACGACGAACAUUCGAUAGUUUUGGGUAUGCAGUAGAUUCAAGUGUUGGAGAAGAUGAUAUACCACAAAUGGAAGAACAAAAAGAAAUCGAUGAAUACUUAGCAAAAAAACCCAAAGCUAAACGACCUACAUUGGAAAAUCGUAAUGCUCUAGUAUCUGCUCGUGAUCCUGAAUCAACAACAUUGAAUGAAGAACCUGAAGAUUCAUCGUCAACAACAUUAGAGAUUAAAGACCCAUAUGAUUAUCAAGGUCGAUCAUGUCUUCAUAUGCCACAAGAUGUUGGUGUUAAUCUACGCUCAGAACAUGGACCACAACAAUGUUUUAUUUCAAAGCAAUGUAUACAUAUAUACAAAGGACAUAUAAAAGCUGUACAAAAUAUUCAUUAUUUUCCCGUUUCUGCUCAUUUUUUUCUUACCUGUUCAAUGGAUUCCAAAGUUAAAGUAAGAUUUUAUAAUGAACGUCGUUGUAUUCGAACAUAUGCUGGGCAUCGUCAAGCUGUACGUGAUGUUAAUUUUUAUAACACAGGCACAGAAUUUCUUUCUGUUUCAUAUGAUAAUAUGGUCAAGUAUUCAAUGCGUAAAAUACCCUAUUGUGUAUCAUUUAAUUCAAGUGAACAUAAACAACAUUUAUUUAUAUGUGGAAUGUCUGAUAAGAAAAUUUUUUGUGUAUCUGGUUAUGCAUGUAGUCUUGAUUUUUCACCUGAUAUGUCUUAUGUGAUAAAUGGUGAUGCUGAUGGACGUUUAAUCAAUUGGAAUUGGAAAACAACACGUAUUUUUGAACGAAUUAAAGCACAUGAUGAUAUAUGCAUUGAUGCUAAAUGGCAUUGGCACGAGAAAUCAAGAGUUCUUACAGCUGGAUAG